AUGCGAACAAUUCUCGUUGUAUAUUUAUUCAGUGCCGUAACAAGCACAUUGUCCCAAGAAAACACGAAAUGCCGAGAUAGGAAUCGACCAGUUUCCACAGAGAAAGCGGACCUCUACACAGUAAUAGAUGCAACGCUUAACCAAAAGCUAAUACUACAAUGCCAUUAUUGCAACGAAAACGACGACUCGGAGCCAAGGAACUGGUAUAAAAUAGAUAAACUGGGAUUAACCCAGCCCCAUGAAGUCUCGCUUAGUAUGGAAAAUGAAAUGGAAUUAAACAGAGUGCUCGUAAACUUGGAGCACAGCCUGAUUAUUAAGAAUUUUUCGGAAACAGACACCGGCCUUUAUUACUGCCUGGGAUUGGAGCACACGAAUCAGGACGAGAAGUACAAUUACCUGGUGGACCUCCUCGUGGAUAACGUGAAUGUUACUGAAAUAGAAACUGGAAAUUUGACGGCUUGGGCGAAGUACCACGACGAUUACUUUUCUUCUAUCAAUGCCUUGUUCAAAGAAUCGCAUGGUGUGGAAUUUCUACGCGUAAGGGAAUACUUGAAACUCGACUUGGAAAUCGUCACGCAGUGGGAUCAGUGGGGAAUAUGCCAGGUAUGUGGACGACCUAAAGAUGAGGGCAUAAGGAAGAAGAAAGGGUAUUGUAGGAUAAAACUCACAAAAAACGGUCAAGGCAACUCCACGGAGAAUCCCGACGAAAUCUACCUUCAAAACGCAAACGCAAUAUCCUGCCGGUCAAAGAGACUCCUCGCGAUAUUCCCUGAAAUAAGCAACUUAACUGUGGUGAUCCCAGACUUUAUACUAGACGAACGGUGCGAGGGAAUAUGCAACCCAGACGCUGAAGGCACCAACGCGGGCUGGAAAAAAGGAAAAAUCAAAGGAUUCAAAUACCGGAAAAUCUUCGUACUAGCGGAAAACUCCCACGUGACCCUCACAUGUCCAGAAUCUACCCUGGAAAACGAAGUGGUGUGGCGAAAACGCGGAAAGGUUCUGAAACCUGGCGACCUGAGUAACCCGCACGUUAUCCUCAACACCUUCAGCAGCCUGUAUCUGAUGGACGUGACUCCCGAGGAGGCGGGGAAUUACACGUGUGAAGUAGACGAUAUUAAAAUGCAACAAGUAAGGGUUUAUGUGACGCCGAAAUCUCGCCUGUUAACGCAGGAAUUUACCAGGCACUUGACGUAUUUGGGGUUUAUACUGUCGCUGACGACGACUUGUUACUGUGCCGGCCUGAUUAUUACCUGUCACAGGCGCAAAACUUUUAAGACUUACGAGGAUCUGAUUAAGGAACAUCCGGAGGAGACCGACGAAUUUGCAAGUUUAUUAUGA